AUGCUCGACUUCAUGGAUUACAUCCAACUUGCGUUCGCCGAGGCGACCAACUGGAACCGCGACAAUUCAUAUUCGUCGUUGACAGCGACUGCGCAGUCGCUCCUUGAUUUUUCCACGCCGGAACGUCUCCGCGUCCAUCUCUCCUCCCUGUCCACGCCGCACUUCGCGACGAGCUACACCCUCGGCACGGUUGGUCUGAUCGAUGGCUCGGUAUCCUACCUCUUCAGCACCGUACCCCUAAACCACGCCGCCAGCCGCAGCGCCUUGAUCCCUCUCCGCAAGCUCUCCCCCGGCUACCGACAAGUGCAAGCCCCCGUCGCCCCAAUCGAGAACUUCCGCGUCGACUCCAUCCUUGACGACCUCAACCACCUUCCCGGUAGCGACGAUAAUACCAGCAGAAACCAUGGCCGCUCCCAAAAAGCCACCCUAUUCCACGCCACCCUCCACCUCCCCCCACCGACCACCCUGAAUGCCCUCUUCCUCCGCCGCAUCUCCCCGACCAUGCAGCUCUCCCUGGCCGUCUGCUCCACGCGGGGGCCCCCGUUAUCCAAAUCCGCCCCGCAGGCCUCCCUCCUCACACAACUCUCCCACAACACCGGCAAGUACAGCAACGAGUACCUCUUCAGCACGGACAACGCCCUGUUCGGGUGGCGCGGCCUCUGGAACUUCGGGCCGGAUCCCCGCGCCACUUCCACCGGCACCACCACCACCGCGUCAACACAGCCAUUGUCCCUCCUCUCCGCCGGCGCGGAAGCGUACUACUCCCCCGUCUCCUCGUUAAUUGGCAUGUCCACGGGGUUACGGUUUAGUACCCUCCCCGCUGCAACAGAUGUGCCUUCAUCAUCAUCAUCAUCAUCUUCUUCUUCUUCGUCCACCAGCAGCGCGAGCAGCAACAGCAACAGCAACAACCCCAUCUCCACCUUCCCCUACACCCUCACUCUAACCCUCACACCACUAACCGGCUCCCUCUCGACGACCUACUCCCUGCGCGCCUCGCCCAACCUGGCCUUCAGCUCGCGCUUUGGCUUCAACGUCUACAGCUGGGAAAGCGAGAUGGUCGCCGGCAUGGAACUGUGGCGGAAGAGUCGGCGCGCGGCGCCCGCGGAUGAUCCCGACGAUGACGGGCUGGAAUGGGCGAGACGGAAGAUGCGCGGGGAGAGACACCCCCCGUUACCUUCUUCUCCCGUCCGGAAGACGGAUCCCCUGGGACAACCACACCUGGUCAGAAAGACUACCGGGCAAGAAGAAGCGAAUGAAUCUGUCCUCAAAAUUCGCGUGGAUCAGUCGUGGAAUGUCCGGUUGCUGUGGGAGGGCCGCGUGAAGGAGCUGUUGGUUAGUGCCGGUGUGGGGCUGGGGCCAAGCUCGUUUGCCUCGUCGCUCUCGUCACUCUCGUCGUUGAGUGCG